AUGGGAAAUAUUUGUCGUAAAAAAGAGUCGGAUCCUGAUUCGGCAUGGAAACGUCAAAAUGAGGAACAGGAGCACAAUCCUAUGUACAAAUAUGUCAACUUUGUUGAUGGAGGAAAGCUUCUGGCUGCCUAUAACACUGGAGGUACUGCUGCAGUGGAGAAAAUUGCCAAAACAGAAUUACCUGAUUUUCUCUUCAAUGAUGGAGAAGGUCGUUUACUUACCAAAUUAGAUAAUAUAAAAUGGCAGCACCGUCUUACAGCAAAAUUUACGAACUCAACCAUUUGGGAGACCAAAACAGAUGAAGAACUUUUACAGGAGUACAAAGAUGAUGAUUUCAUUAUUAUAAAUGAUCAUGAGGCAUGCUGGGAUCUCGACAAAAGGGGAGGGGUAGGAGAAACACCCUUUCACCUUCUCUACCUCAUGAACAAACCAGAAAGUUUAGAGGUUGCCAAAGUUCUACUCAAACUUUAUCCUAAAAUGGCCUUGGAUUUUUAUGAGGGACAGGAGUACUAUGGUGAAAGUGCCUUACACCUUGCUAUUGUCUAUGGAGAUCUGGAACAAGUCAAACUUCUUAUUGGUUAUGGUGCUAAUGUAAAUGAACGGGCGAUGGGCCGAUUCUUUCUUCCAGAAGAUCAAAAGAAACGUAAAACAAAGGAAACAGAUUAUGAUGGAUAUGCUUAUUACGGAGAAUAUCCUCUAGCAUUUGCUGCAUGUUUUGGUCAUGAAGAAAUCUACGACUUCCUCAUAGAUCAUGGCGCUGACCCUGAUCUACAAGAUUCGUUUGGGAAUACUGUGUUGCAUAUGGUGGUCAUAGCAGACCAAGUUAAUAUGUAUAAAUACUGUGUGAGACACCACAAGAAACCAGCCAAGACCUACAUCGAAAACAAUUGCAAGUUAACUCCCCUGACUUUGGCCAGUAAACUCGGACGACAGAAGAUCUUCAAGGAAAUGUUAGAAUUAGGAAGCCUGGAAUUCUGGAGGUACAGCAACAUCACCUGUUCAGCCUACCCAUUAUUGGCACUUGACUCCAUUGGUCCAAAAGGAGAAACCAAUUGGAAUUCUGCUUUGAUGAUAAUCAUCAAUGGGGACAGAGAUGAACACCUGGAUAUGUUGGAGGGCGGGGUGAUGAGACAACUUCUGGAUGAGAAAUGGGAAAGAUUUGCCAGAAGACGCUUCUUCCAACGAUUAGUUCUGGCUUUUGUACAUCUGGCGUUGAUCAGUGGAGCAGUAUACACUCGUCCGUCAACUGACUUUCUCGCCUACAACGAGCCAAAAGAUGCUGCCCGCUUUGUGUGUGAACUCCUCGUCAUUCUUGGCUGUAUUCUCAUCCUGGCAAUGGAAGUGGUGGAAAUCGGCUCACAGGGAAUCUUAGGCUUCUUAAAAAAUCUUCAACAUGCUCCGGCCCAAACCCUGUUUAUGAUAUCGUGUAUCCUCAUCCUACUGUGUAUCCCAGUUCGCUUCACCAAGCAGGAGAUGGUAGAAGAUAUUUUACUCAUCAUCGCUGUCCCCGGAUCAUGGUUCUUCCUCCUUUUUUUUGCAAGAAGUGUCAAACUAACCGGCCCCUUCGUCACCAUGAUCUACAAAAUGUGCGUAGGCGACUUAGUAAGAUUUGGGGCCAUAUAUACAAUAUUUCUCUUAGCCUUUUGUCAAGCUUUCUACUUCCUCUUCCAAGGAGCCACUGACAGUCAAGGUUUCAACAAUCUUGGAGACACAAUCAUGACCUUGUUCCAAAUGACCUUGGGAGAGUUUAAGUACCAGGAUUUCAACAACACCAAGUAUGCAUGGCUGACCAAGAUGGUGUUUGCAGUGUUUAUGAUCUUGGUGCCGAUUCUUCUCCUCAACAUGUUGAUCGCCAUGAUGGGCAAUACUUACCAAAUGGUUAUUUCAAAAUCGGAGAAGGAAUGGCGCAAACAGUGGGCCAAAAUUGUUGUUGUAUUAGAGAGGAGUUUCUCCAAGAAACAGCUGCUUCAGUUUCAAAAAGAGUAUUCUGCCCGUCUAACUGGUCGGCCAGUGGCAGAAUUAGCUGCAUACAGUGACAAAGAGGAAGAAGACAGAAGGGCUCUUGUAGUGAUUAAGAGCUCAAACAAGACAAUCGCCAGACGCAGGAAAGCUGCUGUCAUUGCCUGGAAGAAAGCAGGCAAGGAAGUGAUGAAACAGAUGAAACGACACAAGAAAUUAGGAAUAACUGGCCCACUUCAUCUCACAGAAGUACAUCGUAAACACCGCAGGCGGGGUUCACAUGAUUCCAUGGACAAUUAUGAUGAUGACAAGGGACACAUGUUUUCUAACAUGUUGCAACAGCUGGCAUGGGAACAGGAUAUUGACUUAACGAAGGGUCAGGCUUUAAUAUCUGAUCCGGAUCUCAUUGACAAAAUUUCAUCCACCUCCCCAGAGCAUAAAAUACAACAUUUUCCACAGAAUCAUACUCCAAUAGCCAAUGGACGACCUCGAAACCACACAAAGUAUGUCAAAACUCCAGGAGGUACCCCAAAACAAAGUCCAAAAUCAUCUAACAGGAAGUUCAGCUACAAUCGUGUGUCGCCAUUGUCUAUCGCACAGGCGAUGGCGCCACCUACAGAUGAUUCAGAAAGUGAUAUCGAAGUGUCAAAAGUAGUUGCUCCAAAAAAGAGAGAUCAUUCAAAAGAGUUGUCAAAACAAUUUAGUCAAAUGAGUAUAACCGAAAUAUCAGUACAUGACAAAAAUGAAGAUGUACAUUUCAGAGGCUCCAAGCCACCAACUAAACCACACAAAUUAUCGUGGGAUGUGCCAAAAUUUGAAAGAAAUCUUAAAACUGAUGAUGACAGUGCUAGUCAAGAUGGCUCAGUUGGAACCAAGAGUACAGGUUCAGCAUCAUCAUCCACUAAAGUGAAAGUAAAAGAAAGUAAAUCGUCAGGGUCAAAGGUCUCACGCAGUAGAUCAGAGUCAUCAAAAACACCGAGGGAUAGAAUCAAGGAGAUGGAGGACCAUUCAAAGAAAAAAUCCAAGAAAGAAAAUCUCAUAGAAAAAUCUGUCUCACGAACAUCUUCUACCACUUCUUUGUUAAACCUUUCAGAUUGUAAAGAUAGUGAACUAUAG